GAGAGCACACUGUCAGGAUAUUCCAUCCUUACGCACACACACACACACACACAUACACUAACACACUCUGUCUCGUUCUCCAUCUCGCACAUGCACAUGGAGUACUACUGGACCCACCUACUCUGGAUUCUCUGGAGUGUGAUGCCAGGGUUCCAUGACUGUUUCAAUAUUGACGCCAUAAAUCACAGGAUCAUAAAGGGCCCCAGGCAGACACAGUUUGGCUACACUGUCCAACAACAUAUGGCUGGGGGUCAGAAAUGGUUACUGGUAGGAGCCCCACUGGAAACAAAUGGACAGCAUCAGACAGGAGAUGUAUACAAAUGUCCCUUAAGCAGGAGAUCUGGAGGACCCAGCUGCUCCAAACUCAAUCUUGGAAGGAUAUCCUUGACAAAUGUCUCUGAACGAAAGGAUAAGAUGAGACUUGGAAUGACCCUUUCGUCCAACCCCAAAGACAACAGCUUUGUGGCUUGUGGUCCCCUUUGGUCGUACGAAUGUGGUAGCUCGUACUACAGCACUGGAAUUUGCUCCAGAGUCAACGCCAGCUUCAAGUUUUCCCGUACUAUCGCUCCUGCCUUCCAAAGGUGUGAGACAUACAUGGACAUAGUUAUAGUCCUGGACGGUUCAAAUUCAAUCUACCCCUGGAAUGAAGUUCAAGACUUCCUUAUCAACAUCCUGCGGAAAUUCUACGUUGGACCGGGACAGAUUCAGGUUGGAGUACUACAAUAUGGAGAAAAGGUGGUGACAGAGUUUCAGCUGAAUGACUUCCGUUCUGUGGAGGAUGUGGUCAAAGCAGCCCGUAAAAUAGGCCAACGAGGAGGAGAAGAGACCAACACUGCACUUGGAAUCAGUGUUGCACGUUCAGAGGCCUUUAAACAGGGAGGUAGAAGAGGAGCGAAGAAGGUCAUGAUCGUCAUCACAGAUGGAGAAUCACAUGACAGCGCUGACCUGCAGCAGGUCAUUGAGGACAGUGAGAAGGACGGCAUCACCAGAUAUGCCAUUGCUGUACUGGGCUACUACAAUCGCAGAGGCAUCAACCCUGAAGCUUUCCUUAAUGAGAUCAAGUACAUCGCUAGCGACCCCGAUGAUAAGCAUUUCUUUAAUGUGACAGACGAGGCAGCUUUGAAGGACAUUGUGGACGCGCUCGGAGAGAGGAUCUUCAGUUUAGAGGGGACCAGCAAGAAUGGGACAGCAUUUGGUCUCCAGAUGUCUCAGGCUGGCUUCUCCACACACAUAGUGGAGGACGGUAUUUUAGUGGGAGCUGUGGGAGCUUAUGACUGGAAUGGGGCUGUGCUGAAGGAGACUCGUCAGGGUAAAGUGGUUCCACCAAAGUCUUCAUAUGAACAGGAGUUUCCAGAUGAACUGAAGAACCAUGGAGCCUACCUGGGUUAUACAGUGACAUCAGUGGUGUCAGCUCUCAGUGGUCAGUUAUAUGUAGCAGGAGCUCCACGUUUUAACCACACGGGCAAGGUCAUCAUCUUCACCCUGAAAAAUACUGGAGAGCUCACUAUAUUACACUCACUCAAGGGACAGCAGAUAGGGUCAUACUAUGGCAGUGAGAUUGCUCCAGUGGACAUGGAUGAUGAUGGAGUGACUGAUAACCUGCUGGUGGCUGCGCCCAUGUUCUUCAGUGGAGGCUGGGAAAAGGGCAAAGUCUACAUAUACAGAGUCACAGAGCAGCCUCGUUUCAUAUUGGAGGGCUCGCUGGAGAUUUUAGAUCAAGGUCAGAAUGCCCGCUUCGGCUCUGCACUGGCCCCUGUGCCUGAUCUAAAUGGAGAUUCAUUUAACGAUGUGGUGGUGGGAGCUCCGCUAGAGGAUGAUCACAAAGGAGCCAUUUACAUCUACUACAGCCAACGCAACAGAAUAUUGAGGAAAUAUAAACAGAGGAUUGCUGGAGUUCAGCUGGCCCCGGGUCUGCAGUACUUUGGUUGUAGUAUCCAUGGCGAUAUGGAUAUGAAUGGAGAUGGCCUGGUGGAUCUGGCUGUGGGCUCCCUCGGUGCAGCAGUACUUCUGUGGUCUAGAAGUGUUGUCCGAAUCCAUGCUACGGUUCGAUUCGAGCCCAGCAAGAUCAACGUAUUCAAUAAAGACUGUCGGAGAGGAGGGAAAGAUGUGACCUGCAUGUCGGCUAUUGUAUGUCUGAAUGUCACAGCUCGGACUCCUAUCAGACCCUCACAAGAAAUAGCUCUUAGCUAUAGUGCUUUCUUUGAGGAGAAGCGCUUUAACCCUCGAGCCGUGUUUGAUGAUCCAGAUCGCCAGCAGCCUCAGAAUCUUACACUGCUUCCUGGAGAGGAGACCUGUGACCACAUCUACUUCCACGUCAUGGAGACUACAGACUAUGCCAGGCCCAUUAUAUUCACUGUAGAGACAGAGCUAUUGGACCUGGAUCAAGGCCCAGCUCUGGAUGAUGGCUGGCCAACUACUGUGAAAACACAGCUUCCCUUCUGGAACGGGUGUGAUGAAGACGACCAUUGUGUUCCAGAGUUGGUGUUACAAUCUCAGACUGAUCUAAUAAAUCGCAAGCAGUUCUGUGCCCAGGCGUUUCGGGCAGGCAGUCUGAUAUGUCAGAGUCAGACAGCAGCAGAACCUUCCGAACGCAUUAUGGAGGGAUCCAGAAGGAGGAUGGUAGUGGAUGUACGUCUAGAAAACAGAGGGGAGAACGCAUAUGGAGCCCAGCUUAACAUCACUUUCACUCCAAACCUACGCUUCUCCAGCCUUAUAGUGAAGGAUAACUCUGAUAUACAUAUAGACUGCCGCAGUGAGAACAAGCGAAAAUAUGAGAAAUCUUGCAAUAUCAGUGCACCCUUUAUGAGAGCAAAGUCACAGGUAACAUUUCGUUUGGAAUUUGAAUUCAGUCACUCUGUGCUGCUGGAUCACGUGCGGCUUAUUCUGGAGGUUACCAGUGAGGGUGAGGAAGUUGUCCUACACGAUAACAUUAAUGACAUUUUCUACACUCUAAAAUAUGAAGCUGAUCUGCUUUUCACAAGGGAGUUUUACCCAACCCGAUAUGAGCUUAAACCUGAUCUCUCUCUCGAAGAACCGGGUGAUUUCAACCCUCCAUUCAACUUUACCUUUCAGAUCAAGAACCUUGGUUAUUUUCCAGUCCAAGACUUGCAACUGUACAUUGCAAUCCCUGAGGUCACUAAAAAUGGCAAUCAACUCCUGAAGAUCAGAGAUUUCCAUAUUGACCAGGUAGGUGGAAGUCAUUGUAUUCCCCCUCAGCAUGUGGCACACAGUCGAGCCUCUCCAGAGGACCUCUCACGAACAUCCCGCCUGAACUCCUCCAACACCCUGGUAGUGCCAGUGCAGUGUACCGUCAACCUGCCUUCCUACAGAGACGUCAGCGUGAAAAUCGGCGGAUCCCUUCGUACUGAUGCACUGCAUGCGUUGAAGUUCAAAACCCUUGAGCUGGUGACGACAGCCUCAGUGGAGCUGAACCCUUCCAGCCCCAUGUUUCUGCCUGAAGAGAGGCCGGUCAGACAUAUAAUCCUGGAGAUUAGGAAAGAGGAGGAUUACCGUGUUCCCAUCUGGAUUAUCAUUGGCAGCACACUUGGAGGCCUGUUACUCCUCUCUCUCCUCAUUCUGGCACUUUGGAAGUUGGGGUUUUUUCAAAGGCAAAAAAGGCGUGAGGAAGCUGAGAAUGAGGCUAAUGGCAAGAUGGUGGAAGAGCGAUAACGCAGGCUUCUCAAGAGGGUUCAGACAGGCCUACAUCUCAGGGACCAACCAACAGCAACAUUAGACGUCUCUGAAACUGAGAGAAAGAGAGAAAAACAGAACUCGAGGCAAUGAAUAAAGCAGAGGGAUAUGCUCUGCGCACUGGACGACCUGUUGU